UCUGCAACUGUUUGGAUAUUAUUGGAUAUACCACAUAACAGAAAACAUAUACCUAAAUGUAUAGGUUCCAUAGUAUAGUUUUAUUAUUUUUAUUAACUGGUCGUUUGAAAAGAACUAUAUAUCCCAGAAAGCAUUGCAACGGGCAAAAACUUUAAUGCAAAAAUUCUUUAUCGCGAUGCAUUAUCCACCCAAUUUUUGGAAAACAUGAUGGGUUUACAGUUUAUUUUAUUUUUUUAUUCAAGUUAGUACAUUUGUAUCUCGUAAUACUAGUUUCUUUCUACAAGCAGCAAAAGGUCAAAGGGUGACGUGUCUGAGCGCGGGAUUAUCGUCAACACUGGAAAAACGUAAGAAGUCUUUACGCCGAUUUGUAUGAUCGUCCAUCGAUCUUCAACAGUCACAAAUCAUGGACCUCGGUGACUUUGAGGCGGACAACUCAAACAGCUGCCGCCUGGCCUCAGCGGUGCCAGAUAUCUGCAAAACGGAAGACUGUUGCCUGGGUAUUGAUGAGGCAGGUCGAGGACCCGUACUUGGACCCAUGGUUUAUGGUAUAUGUUUCUGCCCAAUCAAAAUGAAGGACGAUUUGAAGGCUUUGAAAGUGGCAGAUUCUAAAACUUUAACGGAGGCCGAGCGGGAAAACCUGUUCAGUAAAAUUGACGAGGCAAAAGACUUCGUGGGCUGGGCACUGCAGAUCCUGUCGCCCAACACCAUCUCUAACAGCAUGCUGCAGAGGGUGAAGUACAACCUAAACGCAUUAUCUCACGAUGCCGCCAUUGGUCUGGUGCAGUAUGCUUUGGACUGCGGCGUGCAGCUCAAAGAGGUGUUCGUCGACACAGUGGGGCCAGCAGAGAAGUACCAGGAGAAGCUGUCGCAGCGCUUCCCUGGCGUGGAGGUGACCGUGCGCCCCAAGGCGGACUCCCUCUUUCCCAUCGUCAGCGCGGCCAGCAUCUGUGCCAAGGUGGCGAGGGAUCAUGCCGUGAAGUCCUGGCAAUUUAGGGAGGACCUGGCAGACGUGGACACGGAUUACGGUUCGGGGUACCCCAACGAUCCAAAGACAAAGAGUUGGCUGCAGAAGCAUGUGGACCCCGUUUUCGGGUACCCGCAGUUCGUGAGGUUCAGCUGGAGCACGGUGCAGACGCUGCUGGACAGUAAGGCCGUGCCAGUGCACUGGGACGACGACGAGGAGGACGGCGAGAAGGCCGCCGCCAAGCAGAGCUGCUCCUCCAUGCUGUCCUACUUCGGGCGCAGCAAGUCGUCUGGCCGGACGCCCCACCGCUUCUUCUCGGAGAGGAAGCUGGAGACUCUGGACUCGCUGUGAACCCGGGUGCCGCCGCCCCAGCAGAAGCGGAAAGAAGCCGUGUCUCCCGUGUGUAUAUAUAGCACGUAUAAACACACACGAGCAUGAAGUCGGUGACUCACAGUCGUGAUUAGACCACUACUGUGCGUGAAGAGUCUCGCUUCGGUUACCAUGGACUAUAAAUGUUUCCUGUCGGUUGGGGGGGGUGUGAGAGGGUUCCUGCACACCUGACAGUGACGAUGGGAUUUAGGUGGGGGGGCACAUCGACCAUCAAGGCAUCGUUAACCAGCGUGCGUAACUUGAUGAAUAUGGGAUUGUUUGAACUUUUCGGGAGACAUUUUUAUUGAUUUGGCAAUAAAAAGUUACUCUGACUUUCGAAA